AUGUCCCUCCCACAACUCCUCACCGGCAAAGUCGCCGCCAUCACCGGCGGGUUGACGGGAAUCGGCCGCGCAAUCGCCCUUGAAUACCUCCGGCACGGCGCAUACGUCGCAGUCAACCACCUCGGCGGCACCAACGACGAACCGCUCCUAGAAGCGAUGAAAAAGGACGUUUCCGAUCUCCUCCAGGAGACCUCCCAACCCGACAACAAAGAGCGCUUCAUCACUGUACCAGGCGACGUCUCCAAGCCGGAAACAGGCACGGAGUUCAUACAGGCGACGGUCCAGACAUUCGGGCGUCUCGACGUCUUCGUCAGUAAUGCAGGUGUUUGCCGGUUUGAAGAGUUCCUUGAUAUCACGCCCCAGCUCCUCAACCACACCAUAACCACCAACCUCACCGGCGCAUUCUACGCGGUCCAAGCGGCGGCCCGGCAAAUGGCGUACGCGCAGUCUCCGCCGGGCGGCUCGAUAAUCGGCAUCUCGUCGAUCUCGGCGCUCGUUGGCGGCGGGCAGCAGACGCACUACACGCCCACGAAAGCCGGUGUUCUGUCGCUGAUGCAGUCGACGGCCGUGGCGCUGGGCAAGUACGGGAUCCGAUGCAAUGCGCUCCUGCCGGGGACGAUCCGCACGCAGCUGAAUGAUGAGGACAUGAGCGAUCCCGCGAAGAGAAGCUAUAUGGAGGGGAGGAUCCCGUUGGGGAGGUUGGGGCAGCCGCCGGAUUUGGCGGGGCCGGCGGUUUUCCUUGCUUGUGAGGGACUGAGUGGUUAUGUGACGGGCGCGCAGAUCCUAGUCGAUGGUGGGUUGUUUGUGAAUCUUCAGUGA